UUCCCUGUGGCUUCAGUGGAAGGGUUCACCAUUUUGGGAAACCUCAAUGUGAUCGCUCCCAUGUCGGAUACGGAGCCUGCUCAAUACGCUCGGCUCUGGACUCUGAACCAUCCAGAGGAUGAUGCAGACAAUGAGUUUGUCUGGCGACCGGACCUCGCCGGGCUGCAGCUGCUGCCGAGUCACAUCGAGUCCCUCCUGGACGGCCUGGACUCCAGGACCACCGAAAUCACACUGGCGGCUCGAGACUUUCGAAAUGCCAAAGAGCUAAUUCUGGCUGCCUGUGCAGCCAGUGGUGCCCCGCCCUUCUCCCGAGAUGAGAUGGAAGUUACAGCCAUGCGUUUGGUGACGAAUUUGUUGGCCAAGCACAUGGGCUCCGAGAUCUGCAACUUCCACGCCUCCUUCUCCGAGGAGCUGGGGAGCCUAGUGCUGACACUGCACGACUUCGAUCGCACCUUCGACGAAGGGUUCCAGACGGAGCUGGCAGAUGUCAUCCAGAAGUCCUUGUCGAGCGAGACCGCCUUCUUGCCCACCCUUGGCGUGGCAGCGACGCGACAUGCUUCGGUGGCAAAGACCCAGCGGAGAGGCUUGACUAGCGCCGGCCUGGCCCUGGGCGCGGGCGCCGCCGCCUCGGGCGGCAGCGCGCUGCUGGCCGUGGGCAUGGCGGCGGCGGCCGCCGGGGUGGGGGCCACCGCGGUGGCGGAGCCGGAGCCGACGACGCCCGCCGUGGGCCAUGCCGUGGGCAGAGGCACGUCCAAGGACUUGCAGGUCGCCAACGCGGUGAGCACGCUGAAGGGGCUCCUGAAGAGCGGGCUUAAGCUCCAGCUCCAAGACGAGGUUGCCGAGGAGGAGCUGGUGCUGGCGGUCCAGCUGGCAGCAGAGACCUCCAAGCACGCACAGCUGGUGGUCUCCGAUGAGGGCAUGCCGAGCCUCAUGGUGCCCCUGGGCCCGCUCGGGGAGGGCAACCCCCUCUUCGAGGCAGGGCCUUGGAGCACCAAGGCCUGGACAACUGUAAAGCAUUAA